AUGUGUGGGAUGACACGUCAAGUUAAUCUGUCUGCCAUCAUGGAUGAAGGAGUGUCAGUUGAAGAAGGGUCUCCAGAAUCAGUUGAUGGAGAUACAACAGAUACCCAGAUAUCAGUGGAUCCAUCAAGCAUCAAGAAUCGAUCAAAACGAAAACCAUCCAAAACUCAGAUCAAACACAUUGCUCCGAAGAAUGGCAACUGUGACACUUCUAAAUAUGGAAUGCAAAACAUGGAAGAUCUCUUUAUUGAUGUCACCCAAGGCAUUUUUAGAGGAACACAUGGACAGUUGGCACUGCCUGGGCCACAACCGCUAACGCCGCCUAGUGGGGCUGGCCCAUCUCCUGUGAAACCUAGCACACCUAAACGGAUUAGAAGAUUAUCUCAAACUUCGACAGGUUCAGCACUGAGCAUCAGAUCCCUAUCGUCCAGACCCCCACCUAGCUAUCCAUGUGGUAUCUGUGGGAAAGUAUUCAGAGUUCCCAGUCGCUACGAAAGCCACAUGCUUGGUCACAGCAAGGGAAAGCCUUUCUGUUGUAAUACGUGUGGAAAGAUGUUUUCCUCUCAGGACAAGCUGGAUCAUCAUCUGCCAGUGCAUAACACUGAUAGGAAGGCAUCCUUUGCUUGUGAACUUUGCAGCAAGGUGUGUGUGAACUGGAGAGCAUACCUGUAUCAUUUAAAAGCCAAGCAUACUGAAUCUGGAGGCAAACGUUUUGCUUGCAGUAUAUGUGGACGCCAGUUUCAUACAGGUCAACGUUUGCGGAAUCACAUGGCAAGUCAUGAGAUCGGUAAAAAUCACUGUUGCAAUAUUUGUGGCAAGCUGUUUGAGAGCAAGAAAAAGCUGGACACUCAUGGGCUGGUCCAUAACCUCACUAGCAAGCAUGAUCAGAACUUACAGUGCUCAGACUGCGGCCGCCAGUACACAGAGUGGAUUGCUUUCAAGCAACACAUGAAGACUCAUGGAGCAGAAGGGGUUCAGUAUCCGUGUGGUCUCUGUGAGAAGAUAUUCCCCACCCAGUAUGAGAAGGAGAAACACAAGCGAGUGCACAAACAAAUACAGUGUGAGUUUUGUGAGAGAUUCUUCAGGUCUGCUUCAGUAUUAUCUGUCCAUCUGAGAGUACACACAGGUGAGCGCCCUUAUAAGUGUGGUCUCUGUGAGCGGGAUUUCUCUCAGGCUUCAGUGUUGAAAGUUCACAUGCGUACACACAGAAAGGAAGGCAAGUACGACUGUAAGAGAUGUGACAAGAUGUACAUUGAUGUCAUGGAUUACUUCAGACACCACAUGGCUCACUUGGAAGAGGGAAAUCUGCAAUGUGAGGAGUGUGGGAAAAUGUUUGAAAGCAUCAACAACAAGAACCGACACAUGGCUGCCCAUCGGGACAGAGCCGGGCGGAUUUGCCAGGUGUGUGGGAAAGAGUUUGGUAGAAUGUCACACUUAGAGGCCCACAUGUUGUGCCACUCGGACCAGCUGCCUUUGUUGUGCAAGGUCUGUGGCAAAAUGUUUCCAUCGGAGGAGGUCUUAAGUGCUCAUUACUCAUCUCACGUGACAGGAGAGCUGCCUUCUACGCCCACAAUGACACCAGCUAAGGGCCCACUUUUCUGUGGCCUUUGUGGUAAAAUGUUUAAGGGGCAAAUGUUUCUAAACAAUCACAUGAAGAGGCAUGAGAGGGAAGGGCUGGAUGCCCGAGGUGGCGAUCAGGUCCCAGAUGAAGAUGUGGUGGAAGUGGAAGGUGGGGAGUUUACAUGCCAGGAAUGUGGAAAGACUUUCGGACAGAAGCACCAUCUGACAGUUCACAACCGUGAACACACUGGAGAACGCCCCCAUACGUGUAUUUUGUGUGGUCAGAGUUUUACGUUGCGGAAACUUCUGCUAGAGCAUAUAAGUGAUCACAAGCGUAACGGACUAAUGAUGUACACUAACCAGAAAGUGCCAUCAUUGAAGAACAAUGCCGCAGAUUCCAGGCCCUUAGAUGACUCUUUUCCAGACAGUGAAAGUGGGUCCGAAACGGAGACAGAUCAUGAGGAUAGUGAAAAUGUGAUAUCAAAACCAGCAGCAGUUUCUCAUUCAGCAUAUGAACAAGGGCAUCCUCCCGGCCCGUCUCAUAUUUCUCACAGUUUAUUUAGAGAGGGGAAUUACUCUCACCCCCAAAGCAGCUCAUUCCCAGAGAAGACUUACCCUUGCAGCAGUGACAAUUCCUUCUCCGACAAACUCUACGUGGAAACUCACGGAAACAGUUACCAAGACAAGCUCUAUCCCAGGACAGCAAGCACCCCCUUUACAGACAAAAAUUAUAUUUCUAGUCCUGGGAGUUCAUACAUAAACAGCUCACACAGUUCUAUCCAGGAAAAGAGCUACUUAGGAAGCCCAGAUAAUUCUUUUACUGAGAAGAAUUUUAUGCAAAGCCCAAAUAGUUCAGUUGGAGACAAGCGCUAUGUGGGAAGUCCAAAUCCUUUGUUUUCAGAUAAAGGUUACGCUGAUGGCAGAAGAUUAUCGUAUUCAGAUGAAAACAUUAAUAUGAUAAAAAGAAAUCAUUCUCCUGUAUCUAGUUCUGAUGGACAUCUUCAUCCUUAUGGUGUUUCUAGAAAUCCCUACAACUUACCAGUGUCUUCAUCUGGCCACAUGGCAUCAAACACUGCACAGGUACAUCGAGGUAUGCAAGAAGAGACUUACUCACAAACAGAUAUCCAUCUACCUCACAGUGAUAGAAUGCCACAUGGGAUCCACUUGCCCCCCAUGAAACCUUCUGUCAUGCACUCCAAUGUCUCAAUGAUGCGUCCGGAACCUCAUUUACCUCCCGGCAUUCAAAUACCAGCACUUCAGGAUUACAAACAUGACAUCAGCUCCCAUGUGUUUCCCUAUAACAAGUCUUACAUGCCAGGCGGCAUCAACAGUUUGCCAUCACGCAGCAGCUUCCCUGCAGACUUUCAUGCUCCUGCAGGCAGAUUUGCAGCAGAUUCACAUCUGCAGAUGACCAACUUCCAGCUGCUUCCACAGACUGCUUUCCCCGAAAACUCCCAUCAGACUUGA